GGCGGCGGCGCUGGGUGGACAAACACUUGAAUAGUUCAUAUCCAUCCGUCAUUACAGGAAGCAUCAGAGUGAUACCACAGACUCCAAUAGUCUUAGACACUAAUAUCUAUUCAAACAUUGGGGAAAUCACAGCAGAUAUUUGAUGAAUUUGCAGGAACUGUACAGCAAUCAUUAUGUACAGAGAGUAAUUUAGUCAUCAAACAAGAGGACAACAUUUAUUCCUUAUCUAGUGAAAUGAACAUCACAGAGGAUAAACCACACACAUUUACUAAGUUUUCAAAACAUUUUAAAGAAGGGAAAAGUCUUAAGUCUAGCCAAAUGAUUCAUACAGAUAAGAAACCAUUCAAAUGUACAGAAUGUGAGAAAAGCUUCACAUCGAAAGGAAGCCUUAUGUAUCACAAAACAACCCACACAGGGGAGAAACCUUUCACAUGUAAUGAGUGUGGAAAAGGUUUUGCACAAAAGAGUAAUCUGAAAAUUCAUGAAAGGAGUCACACAGGAGAAAAGCCUUUCACAUGUACAGAGUGUGAAAAAAGUUUUACACGAAUGGAUCAUCUGAAAAAGCAUGAAAGAAAUCACACAGGAGAAAAGCCUUUCACAUGUACAGAGUGUGGGAAAUGUUUUACAGAAAAGAGUACUCUAAGAAAACAUGAAAGGAUUCACACAGGAGAAAAGCCAUUCACAUGUACAGAGUGUGGAAAACGUUUUACACAAAUGAGUAAUCUGAAAAGUCAUGAAAGGAUUCACACAAGAGAAAAACCUUUCACAUGUACAGAGUGUGGAAAAUGUUUUACAGUAAAGAGGGAUCUGAAUAAUCAUGAAAGGAUUCACACAGGAGAAAAACCUUUCGCAUGUACAGAGUGUGGAAAAUGUUUUACACAAAUGAAUAAUAUGAAAAAGCAUGAAAAGAGCCACACAGGACAAAAGCCUUUCACAUGUACAGAGUGUGGAAAAAGUUUCACACAAAAAGAUAAUCUGAAAAAGCAUGAAAUGAGUCACACAGGGGAAAAGCCUUUCAUAUGUACAGAGUGUGGGAGAUGUUUUACAGAAAAGCGUAUUCUGAGAAAACAUGAAAUGAUUCACACAGGAGAAAAGCCUUUCACAUGUACAGAGUGUGGAAAACGUUUUACACGAAUAAGUCGUCUGAAAACUCAUGAAAGGAUUCACACAGGAGAAAAACCUUUCACAUGUUUAGAAAGUUGAAAAAGGUAUCCCAUGCCAGUCAGGUAUCACAAAAACAUCAAAUAUUUACACAUAAAAUAAACUUUAUAUGCACAGUGUGGAAACCUUUUAAAAAUUAUCCUAAAGAGAGCAAACUCUCUAAAUAGAAGCAUCAAAAAGGAUGUUAUUGUAAAUAGUAGUUUUUAAAUCCCUAUUACAAAAUCUCCCUAUUGAAAGUGCUCUCCUGCUGUCCUUUGUUCCUCUAUAUAUGUGUACCUCAGUUUCUCUCGUAUAAAUGUGAUAGAAUCCAAACACCACACAGGAAUAUACAAAUCUGUCCUCAUACUGACCAGUUUACACAACCAUUCACCACUAAAGCACCCCCGGUGUUGUUUAUUAAUAUGCCAGUGUUAGGAGUUGUACAUUUGAUUUACAUAGGGGAGAAAAUAAUUAUAUUUACAGAAUAAAGGAGUCUUUAUAUGAA